AUGAGUCUUGGAGGUAAAUCAAUUGAAACAGUAAAUAAUUCUUCAUUAUUAAGUUCAACAUCUCAAAAACUUAAUUCGAAGUUAGUUGAAACAAUUAUUUCAAAUAAAAAUGAAGAAAAUUUAUCAUUAAUUAAUGAAAAAGUAAAUGAUAUUAAUAAUAAAGAAAGAAAAUUUAUUAGUCAUCAUCGUUCAAAUACAAUUCCUCGACAUAAUCGAAAAAAAUUCGUCAUAAAGAAGAAAAUUUAUUAUCAACAAUAUUUAAUAAGAAUGAUAAUAAAAAAAGAAUCAUUUUCAACAUCAUCAUUACAAAUUGUUACUUAUCAUUGUGUCUUUAUUGCAUAUCAAUCUUAUUUCAAUUUUUUUCUUCUUUUGUUUUAA